GAGAACAUCAUACAACGCCGUGGACUUCACCAAGAAACUCUAUGGCCUGAAACGACCUGGGAUUUCUAAAAUGGUCAAGGACUUCGUAAGUGAUGCAAGUUAUGAAUAUGUAACAAGUGCCCUCCUUUUAUUUUUUUCUGAAUGUUUAUCUCCCUUGUCUAAAAAUUUUUUUUACAAUUAUUUAUUUUUUUAACGUACACUGAGGGGGAUGUAACUGCAUAAUUUAUUUAUGACAUGAUAACAUAUUAAAUAUGGUGAACUUAUCACUAAACGACCUCACUAAUGUCGAUAUUAGUGAGACUCAUUGGAUCCAAGCAGACAAUUCUGUAUUUAAACUCAAGUAUAGUUGAGAUCCAACGAUGAUUAUUAAGGGGUCAACGACCAAGUCAAAAUAAGUAUUUUUUUUAAAAGUUGCCCUUAAACCAGUGGCUCUGAACCUUCCUAAUGCUGCGACCCUUUAAUACACUUCCUCAUGUUGCGGUGACCCCCAACAACAUAAUUAUUUUCUUUGACCGUCACAACUGUGAAGUAAAUGUGUCUUCCGAUGGUCUUAGGCGACCCUUGAGAAAGGGCCACUCGACCCCCCCAAAGGGGUCGCGACCCACAGGAUGAGAACUUCUGCGUUAAACAGUACAGAAAUCGGUAAGCUCGUCAUUUACAACCCACAAUGACCAGUGUAGAUGACAUCAGAUCCCACAAUGACCAGUGUAGAUGACAUCAGAUCCCACAAUGACCAGUGUAGAUGACAUCAGAUCUCACAAUGACCAGUGUAGAUGACAUCAGAUCUCACAAUGACCACUGUAGAUGACAUCAGAUCUCACAAUGACCAGUGGAGAUGACAUCAGAUCUCACAAUGACCAGUGGAGAUGACAUCAGAUCUCACAAUGACCAGUGUAGAUGACAUCAGAUCUCACAAUGACCAGUGGAGAUGACAUCAGAUCUCACAAUGAACAGUGGAGAUGACAUCAGAUCUCACAAUGACCAGUGGAGAUGACAUCAGAUCUCACAAUGACCAGUGGAGACGACAUCAGAUCUCACAAUGACCAGUGGAGACGACAUCAGAUCUCACAAUGACCAGUGUAGAUGACAUCAGAUCUCACAAUGACCAGUGGAGACGACAUCAGAUCUCACAAUGACCAGUGGAGAUGACAUCAGAUCCCACAAUGACCAGUGUAGAUGACAUCAGAUCUCACAAUGACCAGUGGAGACGACAUCAGAUCUCACAAUGACCAGUGGAGAUGACAUCAGAUCUCACAAUGACCAGAGAAGAUGACAUCAGAUCUCACAAUGACCAGUGGAGACGACAUCAGAUCUCACAAUGACCAGUGGAGACGACAUCAGAUCUCACAAUGACCAGUGGAGACGACAUCAGAUCUCACAAUGACCAGUGGAGAUGACAUCAGAUCUCACAAUGACCAGAGAAGAUGACAUCAGAUCUCACAAUGACCAGUGGAGACGACAUCAGAUCUCACAAUGACCAGUGGAGAUGAUAAGAAUGAAACACGGAUUCAACUUAAAGCAGUACAUCAACUUCAUAUGUUGAUGCACGUGAAUGUAUGUAAUGUAGAUAGGGUGGGGUGGGGGGAGGCAUGGGCAAUAAACAUUUAACGGUAAUUUUAAAAUCAACAUUUCCUUUUCGAUGUCGUUGAGUACUUAGAUUGUUGCUAUCGUUGGUGUUUUGUUGGGUUUUUUUUAAUCGCAAAAAGCGGAAUUUGAAGUAAACUACGACACCAUUUAUGGGAAUGUCAUAAGCUUUACGGAAAUUUCAUGGAAAACGGGACUGACGUUCGGAAAUUUCAAAAUAAUACUUUUAUCAAUUUAAUACAUUUUAGUACCAAAAUUAUAUAUGAAGAUAUACUUCUAUGAAUUUUUUUUUUUUUUUUUUUAAUUUUUGGUCGGGGGGGGGGGGGGGGGUGCUGUUUUUUUUUUGCUUUUUUUUUUUUUGUUUUACUAAUGAAGGCAUUUGCCGAAACGUCUAAUUUUGUAUAAUCAUUAUUAGAGUUAAAGCUUAACACAUAUAUUUUUUCGUUUUUAUUUACACAAAUUUGUUUGUGUCUAAUUAAUCUUUGAUUUGACUACAUUAUUUGAUUUUAUGAUUGAUUAUAUGAUUGCAUUAAGAUAUUUUAUUAUAUGUUUUUAUUUUCUUAAUUUGUUGGGUCUCUUUUUUUGAACAUUUAAAGACAGACGCGCGAACGACAAUGGAAAAAUCCUGAAUUAUGAAAAUACACUCAGGUCACUAAGGUCACCAAGGUCACUUAAAGUUAGACAGGGUGGAACAACAAUGUUCUGGCGAAAAAAGAAGGGGUGGCGGGGGAGGGGGGGGGCAAUCUGGAGGCGUCAAAAUCAUCAAUACACUCAAUUGGAAUUUUUAAAAAUAUAAUGAGUGUGUGCAUCGUUUGCCAUUAAUGAAGAAAUAGUGGCGCCAUUUUUUAGGUUUAGCUCCCGGACAAGAUAUAUUUUGUUGUUGUUGUUGUUGUUGUUGUUUUGGUUGUUGUUGUUGUCGCUGUUAUGUACAGUCAUGGGGACGCUAAAAAAAAAUUAAUUAAAAUUUGCCAUGUCUCUUUUGAACAGUCCGGCAAUCAGGCGAAGCGUUAUGACAUUACACCAGGCAACUGCACCGUGUCGGACAUUAGCAACACACCUGAUCUACCGCAAUGUGUACCAGGUAGGUUUCGCAUGGGCCAACCUCUUUUGUGUGCCCGUGAGAAUUAACUGGCUACCUCUGUGUGUACUACGCAUAAAUUGAUUUGUUUCCUAUGUGUGAACUAGGUAUAAAUUGAUAUUUCCAUAUGUGUGAACUAGGUAUAAAUUGAUAUGUUUCCUAUGUAUGAACUAGGUAUAAAUUGAUAUUUUUCCUAUCUGUGAACUAGGUAUAAAUUGAUAUGUUUCCUAUGUGUGAACUAGGUAUAAAUUGAUUUGUUUCCUAUGUGUGAACUAGGUAUAAAUUGAUAUGAUUCCUAUGUGUGAACAAGGUAUAAAUUGAUAUUUUUCCUAUGUGUGAAAAAGCUAUAAAUUGAUAUGAUUCCUAUGCGUGAACAAGGUAUAAAUUGAUAUGAUUCCUAUGUGUGAACAAGGUAUCAAUUGAUAUGAUUCCUAUGUGUGAACAAGGUAUAAAUUGAUAUUUUUCCUAUGUGUGAACAUAAAAAUCAACAUCAAGGCCAAUCAUACAUCAUCUAAAAUGUCUGCCCGUCAAUUCAUCAUCGUUUAGAUUCCGCCAAGAGGGUGCCUGGCCCGGCAUGGGAGGUCACCAAUGUGGAUGGGGCAACUCUGUACUACCAGGACACACAGCCCAGUGUUCUUCUACUCAAGCUUUCGCCAGGUGCGUGUUUGCAAUGUGAUCUAUUAAACAUUGAGUUAUUGGUAGUAAUCGCUGCUGCUUUCAAGGGACGUAAUGUGUCAGAAGCGUCCAGAUAUUGGUAGUAAUCGCUGCUGCUUUCAAGGGACGUAAUGUGUCAGAAGCGUCCAGAUAUUGGUAGUAAUCGCUGCUGCUUUCAGGGGACGUAAUGUGUCAGAAGCGUCCAGAUAUUGGUAGUACUCGCUGCUGCUUUCAGGGGACGUAAUGUGUCAGAAGCGUCCAUAUAUUGGUGGUAAUCGCUGCUGCUUUCAGGGGACGUAAUAUGUCAGAAGCGUUCAGAUAUUGGUAGUAAUCGCUGCUGCUUUCAGGGGACGUAAUGUGUCAGAAGCGUCCAGAUAUUGGUAGUAAUCACUGCUGCUUUCAGGGGACGUAAUGUGUCAGAAGCGUCCAGAUAUUGGUAGUCAUCGCUGCUGCUUUCAGGGGACGUAAUGUGUUGUGUUAAAGUCCACCCUAGAUUUGGUGUUGGUCUUUUUUAAAAAUCUUCAGUCACGUGACGAUAACUAGGGUCUCAUAGAUAAGACAGUAUUUUUGUUACGAGUCAUCAAGGUGUUGUUUUUCCACGCGGUUCCACCAUUGCUUUUUGUGUGUGACUUUGCCGUCGGAUUGUGAGAAUCGGUUUCUUUAGGAUGCUGCAUUUAGAAUGUUAGAUUUUGUAGCUAGUUUUUAGAAUGUUAGAUUUAGUAUGUUAGUUUUAAAAUGUUGGAUUUUGUAGCUAGUUUUUAGAAUGUUAGAUUUAGAAUGUUAGAUUUAGAAUGUUAGAUUUUGUAGCUAGUUUUUAGAAUGUUAGAUUUAGAAUGUUAGAUUUUGUGUUUAGUUUUUAGAAUGUUAGAUUUCGUAGCUAGUUUUUAGAAUGUUAGAUUUUGUAGCUAGUUUUUUUAGAAUGUUAGAUUUAGAAUGUUUAGUUUUAGAAUGUUAGAUUUAAAUUUUCGUUUGGAAUGUUAGAUUUAAAAUUUUCGUUUGGAAUGUUAGAUUUAGAAUCUUUAGUUUUAGUAUGUUAGAUUUAAAAAAAUUCAGUUUAAGAAUGUUAGAUUUAGUAGUUAGUUUUAGAAUGUUAGAUUUUGACAAAUGCGGAUUGUUGAUCGGAGAAGACAAUGCAGUCAUAUCUGAUUUUUGUUUUGAUCGAUUCUAGACAAGGAGAACUCUGUGAGCUACGGGAGCUGGAAGACAGAAAUUACAGACCCGAACAUCUUCAUAAUACCAUCCCGAUGUCACUAGUCAUGCCAUCGAGAUGUCAUUUCAGGCGUUCUGUCAGCGCGAGUUUCCCAAUCCCAAUUGUGUUACUGUUACUAUUAGUCGAUGAUGCGUCUAUUCGUGGUGUCUUACUACCGACGUGUCAGUUAAAACCCCAACCACUAGAUGUCACCAUGGAUGUCAUCAUAGUGUACAUUUGCUACUCACAUAGUACAAAAUGACUUGGACUGGUCUUCAGUGGUGGCCGCCUGCCCAGUAACAUAGGGAAACAAACAGAUGCCUUUAUUUCUCAAAGAAUAAACAGUAACUAUACUUAAAUUUGACGAA